GCAUUUUCUUCUCUUUUGGAAGAGGGGGUUUUCGGCCAAGUAGAGAGAGAAAGAAGAAAAACAUUUUGAGUUCCAAAGUUAUUAUUUUGGCGUAGAAAAUUGAUAUAAUAUUUUCUUUAAAAUAUUAUUCGUAUAUUUUCUACGAUUUAAUAUACAAGAUUAAUAUUAUCCUCUUAAAUCUUUAUAUUUAAUAUACUAUUAUAAUCUUUACUAGCAUAAAGAUUAUAGUAGACUCCGGAGAUUGUUCGUGUGUCAGUUGGAGGCCGGACGCUUGAACGGCUACGUUUGCUCCUUCAACACCUUUUGCUCGACUUCUCGUUCAUACCGCUUUACCGGAGAGGGGGAAGGAGACUCGAGAUUUUUAAUCCCUUUGGUGCUAAUCGAGUGCUCAUUAUGUGCCAUGAAACAAGAGAGCCCGAAUGCAGACCUAACCCAACAAGGCAGCAUACUUUGACUUCACAAGCUUCUCUCCUUCCGCGUACGGCAGUAGCCAAUUCGCCUUUCUUCCAUUGACAUUCAGCUCACUUUACAGAUUGCACUUUGGGUGUCACCAUUUAGGUGAUCAUUGACAAGAUGGCUGUUGUUGCUUCUGCCCCGGGAAAGGUUUUGAUGACCGGAGGGUAUCUUAUCCUUGAGAGGCCCAAUGCAGGGAUAGUCCUGAGUACAAAUGCUCGAUUUUAUGCCAUUGUGAAGCCUCUUUAUGAGGAGAUCAAGCCCGAUAGUUGGGCAUGGGCAUGGACAGAUGUGAAGUUGACUUCUCCUCAGAUGUCAAGAGAAACACUCUACAAAUUGUCACUUAAAUCCUUCAAACUUCAGCCUUUAUCUAAUAGUGAUUCAAGAAACCCCUUUGUGGAAUAUGCAGUGGAGUAUGCCAUAGCAGCAGCAUAUGCAACCUUUGACAAGCAUAAGAAGGAUGCAUUACAUAAACUACUUUUGCAAGGUCUAGACAUUACAAUCUUGGGGUGCAAUGAAUUUUAUUCAUAUCGGAACCAGAUUGAAGCACAUGGACUUCCUCUCACACCUGAAUCAUUGGCUUCUCUCCCUCCUUUUGCCUCAAUUACCUUUAAUGCAGAAGAAGCAGGCGGAGAAAGUCGAAAACCUGAAGUCGCUAAGACUGGAUUGGGAUCAUCAGCAGCUAUGACAACUGCAGUUGUAGCUGCUUUGCUUCAUUAUCUCGGUGUUGUUAAUCUUUCCUCCUUUACCCAUGAACAACUUCAAGAAAAGAGAGAUGUUGAUGCUCUUGACAUUGUACACGUGAUUGCCCAAACAGCACAUUGUAUUGCACAGGGUAAAGUUGGUAGUGGAUUUGAUGUGAGUUCUGCAGUGUAUGGAAGCCAACGCUAUGUACGGUUUUCACCCGAAGUGCUUUAUCCUGCUCAGAACGCAGGCAUGGCAACUCCACUUACAGAAGUCAUCAGUGAGGUCCUAAAAGCAAAGUGGGACCAUGAGAGGACUAAAUUCUCAUUGCCUCCUUUGAUGACUCUUUUACUAGGAGAGCCAGGAACGGGAGGAUCUUCCACACCAUCAAUGGUAGGUGCUGUAAAGAAAUGGCAGAAGUCAGACCCUCAAAAUUCACAUGAAACAUGGAUGAAGUUACUGAAUGGAAACUCUACCCUUGAAAUGCAUCUGAAUGCCUUAUGCAAGUUGGCAGAGAGUAAUUGUACUUCAUACGAGUCUAUUAUCAACAACUGCAGCACGCUUCCAGCCGGAAAGUGGAGGGAGGCAGUUAGUGGGCCAUAUCAAGCAGAAGUCGUGAAGGAUUUGAUGGGAGCUCGAGAUGCAAUGCUUGGUAUCAGGUAUCACAUGCGUAAAAUGGGCGAGGCUGCAGGAAUCCCAAUAGAACCAGAAACACAGACUCAGCUUCUGGAUGAAACGAUGAGUAUGGAGGGAGUUGUGUUGGCUGGUGUGCCCGGUGCCGGUGGAUUUGAUGCGGUCUUUGCUGUUACCUUAGGCUCAUCAUCAUCAUCAAGCAACAAUCUCAUGAGAGUGUGGAGUUCACACAAUGUGCUCCCUCUCCUUGUCAGGGAAGACCCUCACGGUGUUUCCUUGGAGACCCAUGGUGACCCCAGAACACGGCAAGUCACUUCCGAGGUUUCUUCCAUCAAGAUUGAUGAUUGAAUUACCACAACAAAGAACUUCAGCACAUCAAAGGUAGCUUCUUUCGAGUCUUUAAGAUAAAACUGCAUUUUUGUGUUGUAACAUUGUUGUCAUAAAAGCAAAUCUAUUUUACCUGCUCAACCAAUAAAAGAUUUACCAAUUUUUUACUUUUAGUAAAUGAAAGCAAAUUGUAACUGUUUUACGACAUUCAUCGUUAAGUUUGUUCUGAAGGAGGAAUAAUUUCCUGGGAUAUAC